AUGUCUUCCUCUUCACAUCUUUCCCCUCGGAGCUGCAAGCUCUUGCUCAACAUUCUACCGCUCGCUCUGCAAACCUCGGCCUCUGCCCUGUACUCGACUUAUAACUUCAACCCGCUGGAACAUCUUGCAGGCAUCGCUCCGUACUUUGAGCCUCAAGAUCCCCAGACAUCACCAGACCCCCCACAGGGUUGCUCGGCUACGCGAGCAGCCUACCUGUCUCGCCAUGCGGCCAUUUUUGCCAAUGACUUUGACUACGAGGAAUAUAUUGAGCCCUUCAUUGAGAAGCUUCAGAACCACACUGGCAUCGAUUGGAGUUCCAUCCCCAGCCUGAACUUCUUGGCCACCUGGUCAGCACCGAUUUCCGAGGCCGAGGAGGAACUCUUGACCCGCGUCGGCAGACUCGAGGCUACGGAGCUCGGUGUCGACCUGUCGUUCCGCUACCCGGGCCUCCGCCUGCCCGAGCGCGUAUACACCUCCUCUGCCGAGCGCACGUACAAGUCGGCCCAGUCGCUCGUCCGGGGCCUCGAGUUGGAUGACAACACCAUCAAUGUUGUAAGCAUCUAUGAGUCCGAGGAGUCGGGAGCCGACAGCUUGACCCCCUACAAGGCCUGCCCGGCCUACUCGUCGUCCUCGGGCAGCGACGAGUCCAACGUGUACAAGGAAAAGUUCACCGCACCCAUUAUCGCCCGCUUCAACGAUGCCGCCCCCGAAUUCAACUUCACCACCAACGACGUCUACGGCAUGAUGGAGCUGUGCGGCUACGAGUCCGUCAUCCGCGGCAGCUCGCCCUUUUGCGACCUGGACCUCUUCAGCCCCGAUGACUGGCUGUCAUGGGAGUACACCGAGGACGUCCGCUACCACUACAAUGUGGGCUACGGCAACCAAGUCGCCGGGUACGCCGGUCUGCCCUGGUUUAACGCCACCGCGAACCUGCUCAUGAGCGAGGACGCCGACGCCCAGGACCUCUACGUCAGUUUUACCCACCGCGAGCUGCCCCCCAUGGUCUUUGUCGCCAUGGGCCUGUUCAACAACUCCGAGUUUGGCGGCAGCGAGGCCCAGAUCAACGAUACCAUGCCCCUGGACCGCAUCAAUUACCGCCGGGCCUGGAAGAGCUCCCACGUGCUCCCCUUCCUCAGCAAUCUGGCCAUUGAGCGCCUAAAUUGUACCGGAAGCUACGGCUACGAUGACGGCGAAUACUACCGCGUCCUCGUCAACAGUGCUCCUCAGCCCCUGACCAACUGCAUUGAUGGCCCCGCCACCACCUGCUCCCGAAGCGGCUUCGAAAGCUAUCUCCAGGAGCGCGUCGACAUGUUUAGCGGCUUCUCUGAAAAGUGCGGCGUCGACUAUGACAAUUCGACUGAUAUCCUGACCAUUUACACUGAUCCCUCAGUCGGUAAUGGAACCAUUGUCGGAAAGCGAUACAAUGCUUUCCCGUAA